CGAGAAAGACGAUCGUAAAAAUACGGGGGAAGCAUAGAAGUUGCAGGAGAAGGGCAGAAACGGGCUAGCUCUGGCGUUCUGGCGACUGGAGUUGAAGGGCACAACCAAGUGAACUGUUCCAAGCCCGAAGUACCCCAAGACCGCACGGCUUUCGCUUCUACUUCAGAAGAAACGGUCAGGUUGCUUCAUCCCUAAGGCGCAGCAGCGCUUUGUCAGCAGGAGCAGACAAAACGGAGUUGACUUCCUUGGAAAGUCGUACCUGAAUAUUAGACAUGGCUUCUAUAUACACCGGCAAACAGGCGCCUAUACGCGGGCCAUACGUGAAGCAGGCAUUUGCCAAGUCAAUCUACAAGGGCGAGGACGCUUGGCUGCAGCAGAGGGACGUGCAAGUGCCUGCUAGCGGAGGCAAUGCCUCCGUGGACAUCUUUGGCGUCUUUGACGGUCAUGGAGGCAAGCAGGCGGCCGUGUAUGCCUCCAAGCACAUGAUGGGGGCUGUGCUGAGCGCGCUUGACCAGCACAUUGGGAAGGACGAGCAAGACUGCCAAGCCGGGGCUUCAGACAGCAUGAGCAUCCCCACCAAGCAUGCACCCGACAGCAAUCUUGAAGUGUCUGCGGAGGAGCAGCUGGCGGAUUGUGAUGUGGUGAAGCCAGAGGAGAGGGCGCUCUGGCGCGCGCAGGACGCCUUAGUGGAGGCCAUGCCUCACGCUCUGUCAGAGGCCUUCCAGAAAGUGGAGGCCGACUUCUUUGAGCACACCAAGGUGUCAGGCUCGACAGCCACUGUGGCGGCGCUGUCUGGCUGGGAGGUGGUCAUUGCCAAUGUGGGUGACUCAUGCGCCUACUUGGAUACAGGCGGCGAGGUUGUCCUGGUGAGCGGCAAUCACCGGCUGGAUGACAACAAGGCGGAGCGCGCGCGCUGCCUGGAAGCCGGCUGCGAAGUCAGCAGCAGCAACCUGGAGGGCCGCCCAGUUGGUCCCCUGCGCGUAUGGCCGGGCGGCCUAGCCAUGUCUCGCACGCUCGGAGAUCAUGAGGCUGGCGCGGUGGUGACAGCUGAGCCGGAGGUGCGGCAGGUGACGCUGCCGGUGGGCGGCGGCCGCCUCGUGCUGGCGUCCGAUGGGCUCUGGGACGCUGUCAAUCCCAAAACCGCUCUGCACCACGUCCGCGCCUCCCCAGCCUCCAAGGCCGCCAAUGAGCUGGUGCAGCUGGCGCUGAAGUCCAAGGGCCUGCGGGACGACAUCACCGUGCUUGUCAUUGAUGCGCUGCCCAGUGAGGAGCUGCGCACGCCCCCCGCGCUCCAACGCAGGAACCGGCAGCCCAUCAUCUCCCGGUCUGCGGGUGCGGGCAGCAUGUCUGGGGAGGAGUUGAUGGAAGCUAUGUCUGGCGGGCUCACAGACCAGAUCACCGUGCUCAGGCCGCUUGAGCAGUCCAGCCACGAAGCGCACUGGCGCCGAACCGUCUGGGAACGCCGCUUGGCGGCCGUGCAGACGACGUACGGCGCGUUGCUGCCGGCGCCGUCGCUGACGUACAGCGACAUGAGCACGACCAUCGCUCUCAGCGACGCGGCCAUGGCCUCCUCUUUUGAGGUCGCCUCCAUGAUGGCCGAUGACACCGGCGACUCAUCCCCCAACGGCGCCUCCGCCGACCACCUCUUGUUCGGCAGCUUCGACGACGAUGAACAGGAGGCAGAGGAUGAGUGGGAGACGGUGCCAACAAAGAGCAAGGGCCGGAAGCACAGCGCCGAGCCGGACGCCAGCAUGGCAGCGCCGCCGCCCAAGGAGCUGCGCGCAGCAGACGGCCUCAGCGCCGACGCAGCUCCCCCAGCCACCGAGGGGGGCACCUUCGUUGCGGUGGCGCCGCAGGGGGGCCCUGGCCGCCCAAGGGGCCCCCGGGACCGCGACGGCCGGCGUGGCCGCGGCCGCGGCCGCGGCGGCGCAGUCGCCCGGCAGCAGCGCAUGAUGCGCAUCGAGGAGGGCCCGGAGGGCUACAGCCCGAUCCGCGCUCGGCCGGCCGGCGCUGCUUCCGGCCCGCAGGACAGUGAGCUCGGCCAAUACCCCCGCGGUCCCCCCAGGCGCCGGGAACGGCGCGCUAGACCCGCCCGCCCGCCCGGCUCCGACCAGCCGCUGCAGGAGGGUUUCUCCGGCGCGCCUGCAUUCCUGCCCGAAGCGAAUGGCGCGAUGGUAUCAGGAUUGGACGGCGCUGGCAAGCCGCACAUGCCAAGACAGCAGCCCGGCGGCCGCGGCCGCGGCGGGCCCGGCCGCGGCGGGCCUGGCCGCGGGCGCGGCGCGGGCAGAGGCCCGCGACCCGUCUCGGAGCACGUUCCCUUCCACGGAGAGGAGGGUGCCGAGCGGGAGGGGUUCAGAGGGCCCCGAUCUUUCCGGGGCCGCGGCCGCGGCGGCCAGGGGCGGAAGAUGGAUGGCGCUGCUCAGGCCGGCAGCCGACCUCAGCCUGUCAAUGUAUCUGCUGUACCUUAUUUGAGCGUGCAGGGCGAGUGA